CCUUUGGCCCGGAACCGGAACCUUUCAGAUUUCGCACGGAGAUGCUGGGCAAUAGUUUGCCUCUCCUCGUGGGGCUGCUGUGCUUGCGCAGAGGCGCCAGGCCGUGGUUGGACUUUGGGCUGGACGCUUCGAAGCAGGUGCUGGGGGUGUGGCUGCUGGUGUUGAGCCACCCGGACUUUGAGGUACCGCUGCCGGAGGCGGUGGCACAGGCCAGCUUCGGGAUGGUCUUCGAGUACCUCCUGCUGCUGCUUCUCAGCUGGCUACUGGAGCAGCUCACGCAGUGCGAGGACUUCAGGCCCGGGCAGUACCGGGACGAGAAGGGUUCCUCCAACAGCCACCUCCGCGGCCCGCUGGCGCGCUUCGGGCCGCAGCUGGGGCUGUGGCUGCUGUGCGUCUGCGGGUCCUCGGAGCUCGUGGCGCGGCUGGGGGUGCCGGAGCUGCUGGAGGAGCCGCUGCUCCUCGUGCUGGAGGUCUUCUCCUGGAGCCCCAGUCUGGCGGCGCUGGCGCGGCUGGUGCUCGCCUGCUGCGCCAUGGGCCUCCAGUUCCGCCUCACGGACGCCUUCCUGCAAGCCGGGGGCCUCCCACUGCAGCAGGCUUUGGCCCUAGCGGUGUGGGCGGGCGCCGAAGGGGUGCGGCGCCUGCUGCAGGCGGCGGCCCAACUGGUGGCGAGCUGCACGGGCGCCGGAAGUAGUCGGCCCCUGUUGGAGCCGCUGCUGGACCCGGAGAAGGGCUUCGAGCCCUCCGGACUCGGCGCCGGAACCGGCGCGCGCCGGGGCCGCGGCAGCCGCCUCAAAGCCCAGGUAGCCUCAGAAGCAGAGGACAGCCCUGUGCUGAGCCCGCGGUCGCGGAAGCCCAAGACGGGCGGUACCUGGGCACGAGGCCCCCCGCUGACCACGGCGCCCGGGUCUCCCCUCCAAUCCGAGGUGGCGGUCCAGUUUGAGAGCCUCAGCGGCAUGUUCGCGGAGCGGGACGCGGAGCUACGGGAGCUCCACGCGGAGCUGGACGGCCUCGUGCGGGACCUGGACCUGCCACUGGCGGUGCCCAGCGGGCGGAGCCCCGGGCGGAGCAACGGCCACAGCCCCAGCUCCAGCGGCGCCAUCUUCACCGCGGACGCCUCCCCGGAUCUCGGCUUCUUCUCGCCCUGCGACCGGCUGCAGACCUUUGGCAGCUUGCCGCCCCGGGCCUUCUCCGGGCAGACGCCCCGCACGGUGUGGGGCAGCCCCCAGAGCGCCUCCAGCGACGGCGACGGCGCCGGCCUCGGCCUGGGUCUCGGGAGAAGCAGCGCCCAGAACGCCAUGAACGGCACGAACGCCAUGAAUGGCAUGAGCGCCAUGAACGCCAUGAACGGCAGGAACGGCAUGAGUUUGGAGGGCUGGGCCGGCCACCAGGCCCACCAGGCCCACCAGGCCCAGCAGCGCCACCAAAACCACCGGGAGAACGGCGCCGCGAUGCACCCCAGCGGCGGGAGGGAGCCGAACGGCGCGGUGGAAUCGGUGUCCCCGCGAUCCAGGCGCUAUGAGGUGCUGGACAAGAAGAUCGAUUCCCUCCUCACCGCCCUGGGCGCUGGCGCCAACGACGCGCCAAGCGCCCCAAGCGCCCCAAGCGCCCCAAGCGCCCCAAGCGCCCCAAGCGCCCCAAGCGCCCCAAGCGCCCCGCGCGCCGCCACUUCGAGCAGCGCCAGCGCGACGCUGCCGCGGGCGUCGGUGGAUCAGCGGAUCCAAAGCCUCCAGCAGAAAAUGGAGAACUUGCUGCGGCUGAGAUCAGAGAGUGAGGGCGGCUCCGCUGGAGCCACAUAGGGCCACAGGGGUGGCUGGGAAAGCGCUCGCGCUUUCCUUGCAUUGCAUGAGGCUCGAUCUGUUUCAGGC